AUGCCACGAUACAAUCCUCAGUGGGAAAACCAGAUCAAGACGUACCGAAAAAACCGCGUCCUGAUCGUCGUCAGAAGCCUUCCAUUCAGCGCCACGACGACCCAAGUCGAGUCUGCCAUCCGGGCCAGACUCACCAAGCCCGACUCUGCCACCUUUUUGUGGCCCCCGGGUGCGACCCGCCCAGAUCGUCACAUCAGUUGGGUAAUGCUUGCUUUCAGCAGGCGACCUGAUACCCAAAUGGCCCUGGAAGAGCUCCAGAACUUCGAGAUCCGCGGCCGUCCAAUCCAUGUCGAGCGAGCGCACAAAGACGCAAGACACUCGUGCCAUCACGGGACUUUGAAUGGUGGUGGUAGAUACAAAUGGUCAUACGGACGAGAGCAGGACAGUCUUCAACCGGAUGAUGGGCGAAAGCCCACAUUCUCCCCUUCAUGA